UAAUUUUUAGUGCCAAAGUGCACCUUCUCUGUGUGUUUUCUUUUUUUUUUUUUUAACCCAGAAUAGCUACCAUGUUGUAAUUUCAAGAUUUCUUUAGAUGAGUACUUGGUCUUACUCGCGACCUAAAUACAAAGGAUGAGAAUGAAAUGCACUGCAGAAGUCGGUCGUGUUGUUUGUAUUUUUUUUUUUAUCCGCAUGCUCAGUGACAGUAGUGUGUGAGCUCGUUCACGAGCUGGCUGGAUCACUAACCACUGCGUGUUAAUGGCUAGUGGCUACACUGUCUCAUGGAGGCCAGCUAAACAGAAGAAGGUGCUUUUGGGGAGACCCUGGAUAGUAGGAAAUAUGGCAGCCAUAAGGUCUGUCUUGAAGCUGCUUGGCUGAUCUGACGCUUAUAGCAUCUACCUAGAGUGCACCAGUGGUGUGGUCCUUCUUUGUGCGACUGAGCCCUAUUAUGGCCGGGGAGAAGAGCCGUCGCAGUGCCAUGGACAUUAAGCGCCUGGCAGGGCUUCUGCAGCGUGGGGCCGGCCGCCUGCUCGUCAUUGACAGCCGCACCUUCUCUGAGUACAAUGCUUCACACGUCCACGGAGCUGUCAAUGUCUGCUGCUCCAAACUUGUCAAGAGAAGACUGCAGCAGGACAAGGUUUCUAUCACAGAGCUCCUGCAGCCCAACGGCAAGGUCAAGGUUGAUUUGAGCAGGAGACAUGAGGUGGUGGUGUAUGACCAAAGCACCAAGGACGCUGGUCAGCUUCCCAAAGAUGGGUUUGUCCACAUUCUCCUGAGCAAGCUGGAUGGGACAUUCCACAAAGUGUUCCUACUUACAGGUGGCUUUGCAGCAUUCUCCUCCUGCUUCCCAGGUUUGUGUGAAGGAAAGCCAGUGGCAACACUACCCAUGAGUCUAUCUCAACCCUGCCUGCCUGUGGCCAAUGUGGGCCCCACACGCAUCCUACCCCAUCUCUAUCUAGGAUCCCAGAAAGAUGUACUUAACAAGGAUCUGAUGGCCCAGAAUGGAAUCACAUAUGUGCUUAAUGCUAGCAACACGUGUCCGAAACCUGAGUUCAUCUCUGAGAGCCACUUCAUGCGCAUUCCUGUCAACGACAACUAUUGCGAGAAACUCUUACCAUGGCUGGACAAAACUAAUGAGUUCAUUGAUAAAGCCAAGGUUUCCAACUGCAGAGUCAUUGUCCAUUGUUUAGCUGGCAUCUCCAGGUCUGCCACUAUUGCUAUUGCUUACAUCAUGAAGACAAUGGGCUUGUCAUCGGAUGAGGCAUACAGGUUUGUUAAAGAUCGCAGACCGUCGAUAUCGCCAAACUUUAAUUUCCUGGGCCAGCUGCUUGAGUUUGAAAAGGGUCUCUGUCUACUAAAGGCACUGUCUUCUGGUCAGGAGAAGAAUGAGCAGUCCAGUAAGAUGGAGGAACCAAAAAGACAAACCGCAUCUAAACCAGAGAAAGCUCGACUAGAUGGUGAGUCAGAGAUACAAGAGAUGGAAACCAAGCUGCCAUCUCCGACGUCACUCCAGCAGGGCUUCAAUGGUCUCAAUCUGUCAGCUGAACGCAUCCUGGACACAAACCGCCUCAAACGCUCCUUUUCUUUGGACAUCAAGUCCGUCUACACACCUAACCAGUGUCCCCACCUCACACCUGUUCAUGUUGAGGAUGUCCCCAAGCUCUGCAAACUUGACAGCCCAAGUCCAGGCUCAUCAAAUGGUGUGUGCCAGUUGUCUCCAUGUUCAGACAGCCCCAGCACAGCUGAUUCGCCAAGCCCAGUGGCUGAGACCAGUGCAAAAGUUCGCUUGCGCAGGAAAAACAAGCACAGUGGUGCAAACUCACCUGUGCAGUCUCUGAGCCUGAGUUUUGGUCGUUCAAUGUCUGGGCACAAGAGCCCAAGCUUGGAUGAGAACCUGAAGUCAGCAAUGCUGCUUGGCCUACCUGUAGCUGGAACUGGCCCCAUGUGGACCAAACACCGGGACACUUCACAGGCUACCACACCAGUCACACCAACAGGUGAUGCUCCCUGGUUCUACGAGUCACUGACUAGCACAGGGGGUGGGUCAACGUCAGUACAUUUUGCUCCACUGGGCUGCAGUGCACUUCCAGGGCCAUGUGAGGCUGUCCGGUUACGUCAGAAAGCAGGCGAAAUACGGGAGACUCGAGCGAGUUGGCAUGAAGAUACAUCUGGCCCUGCUGGUGGUAGUGAUAAACAGUUCAAGCGGCGCAGUUGUCAGAUGGAGUUUGAAGAUGGAAUCUCAGAUACACGUUCAAGGGAGGAGCUUGGCAAGAUUGGUAAGCAGUCCAGCUUCUCAGGAAGUAUGGAGAUCAUUGAAGUGUCCUGACAGAUGCACUGCACCCUUGGACUGAUGGGGGUUAAGGUGGGAAGGUGCCAUUUACAGAUGAGGGAAGACUGAGGGACAGAACUGCAAUGGCUGGCUGAUUCCUGACUUUAGAAGCAUUUGUUUUAGUGUGUAGAACUGUGAGAAAUAAAUUUUGAACUUCUGUUUGUUGUCUCUGAGACUCGGAGCCAGUUGAGCUGGAUGCAGGCAGACUUUAUGCUGUCUCUGCUGUUUAUAAGCCAUCACCAUCCCAGAACUAUUUGGGAGGAAUAAGGACAGAACUGUUAUAUUUGAUUGCAGAAUCCAACUCUCAGUGUACAUGACAUUUCCAUCUCCAACAAAAAGCUUUACCAGCCUCACAGUGUAUUGAGAUUAAAGCAUGGCUCAGUGUCCUUUGGUCACACUUGUGAUUGGUAUUACUCUUACACAGACUUGCUGGACUCGCACAUCCACAGCUCAAGGGGCCUAUACAAGCACAUUUGAAGCUUUGGUAUAGACUUGAACAGAUGAAGGCUUCUUUGUGCACUGCUUUUGUUCCCCCCCUGCUCCUGUAUGCCAGUAAAUAAUCCUGGAGGAGGAUGCAGGAACUUUAUGAAAAAAAAGCAUUGUGGAGAUUUUCCUGCAGUGCCUACCUUUUUUCUUCUCUGUGUUUGUUCUUUUACCUUUUCCCUGAUUUCAGCCCCUACACACUGUACAGCGGGUGAGCAUGAAAGGAACUACUACCCACCUUUCGCACACUGAGCAUGCUGCGGUAUAUGAGGCUGCUGGUUACCCUACAGAUAAAUAUUAUAAACACCAUGCAUAGCUCUGUUAAUGGACAUUUAAAAUGUUUUGUUCUCACUUAUAGUUUUAAUUUAUUUUGUCUGUUCAUUCUGGUAAUGAGAAAUAAUAUAAUGAUUGUGGAUACUUUUUUUUGUGUGUGUCGACCUCAGUUUUUGACUACAAUGUAUUUAUGAACUCAUUCACAAAACUGAUACACAACAACGAGCAAUAUAUCCUGUUUUCUUCAUCUUUUGUUUUUAUUUUACAACUGUAAGGGAGAUUUAUUGUUAAAUUUCAAUUGUCUGGUAUUUUGUAAUUCACUUUCUUUUGCUUUAAGAAAGAGAUCACAUCAUAGGGGUCACAAAUCUUUUACAAACCCUGCCGCAUUACACUAAACCUGUCCUGAACUUUCACCUGCUGGGACUGUUUCAGUUUAGUAUCUGUCCUAUUUUAUUAGCUCAGACAUUAAAUAAGCCUAUAAGCAUGUAUAAUCUAAAAUAAUAAGAAAUGAUCCAUGUGAUAUACUGGCUUCCCCAAAUCAUUUUAAAGAAUUAUCUAUCUUUUUAUCUAUAAGCACAUACAUAAAAAUGUUAAGAGAUUCUAAUGAAUUAAUGUUUCUCCCCUUUUUUAAAAUUAAUAUUUAUGUUAUUUAUUGCGCUUGUUAAUGGAUGAAGUGUGAGUGACUAAUGACAGUGGACCUUUUAAACCCAACCCAUCAAACAGAUAGUAUUUUUGACCGAGGUCAAUCUAGUUUCACUUCACUCUAUUAUCUGCAGGUCAUAUUCAAAUUAAUUUGAAGAUAUUAUUCAAAUUAUGGUGUUAGCUUAAUUCAUUAUCUGUGCCCACCAGUCCAGAAAUUCUCAGAUAUCUCUACUUUUAAAAGGGUUUGUGUUAAAUGGAGAUGACAUUAAUGGUGUGGUAGAAUGAUGGCACAUGAUGCUCCAGUUCAGCUCAGGGGAAGUGCACACAAGUCCCAUAUCUGAGCUCUGGGUACCUGCACAACUCUCAUUCUCUCUCUUUCUCUUCUUUCUUUUAAUGAUGUAUGCCCCCUCAUACUCUCUUUUCACACCGACAUGGAUUUUCUUUUAUGUAAUUAACUCUCUUUCUUAAUUCUUAUAUGUUCCAAAGGUUUAAGGAAAUCCCACUGAAAGGGUCGCUCAUGUCUAUACAUGUGCAUGGUGUUGCCACUUUAUUGUGGGAUGAUUGGUUAUUUAUUUAUGGAUGUAUUUUUAGUUCGCUACUCUGUAUGACAAACCCCUUGUCUUUGUACUUGUGCUGCUGUUAGUUCUUUUUCUUUCCUUGUGUGACACAUUACCUGUAUUUCCUUUUAUUUUUGUCACCUCUAUAUUUUUUAAAGAUAUUAUCAUUAUUUAAGACAGGUAAGAAGAUGCAGGCUGAAAAGAUGCAGGCUGUCCUUUUUGCUGAAACUGUUUAAUUGUUGGCAACGUUAUUAUUAUUAUUAUUAUUAUUAUUAUUAUUAUUAUUAUUAUUAUUAUGUUGUGUAAAUAGCAACGUAUCUAGAAGAAUAAUUGAAAUAGGGAACUUUUUCAGAGAAAAUCCUAAUACCUUAGGCUGCUUGACGCAAAAUACCUCAGGUUCUAUUCAAUGGCUUUUUCCUCUCCUGUACCUGUUUUGUGAAGAUGAAAGAAAAAUACAAACAUAAAAUAUGA